GCGAAUCCAAGAUGGCGGAUGCGGGCGCGGGGAGCCUGCAUGGGGGGGACUCGGCGUUGUCGUGCCUGCCCGAGGAGCAGGAGCUAAGCCAGCGUCUCCGCCGCCUCUACCCUGCCGUUAACCAGGAGGAGACGCCGCUGCCGCGGUCCUGGAGCCCCAAGGACAAGUACAACUACAUCGGCCUCUCACAGGGCAACCUGCGCGUCCACUACAAAGGUCAUGGUAAAAAUCACAAGGAUGCUGCCUCAGUCAGGGCUACGCACCCCAUACCUGCAGCUUGUGGCAUUUAUUACUUUGAAGUGAAGAUCGUCAGUAAAGGUAGAGAUGGGUAUAUGGGAAUAGGACUUUCUGCUCAAGGGGUCAACAUGAACAGACUUCCUGGGUGGGAUAAACAUUCGUAUGGGUAUCACGGUGAUGAUGGGCACUCCUUCUGUUCUUCGGGGACAGGACAGCCCUAUGGCCCUACAUUCACAACUGGAGAUGUGAUCGGCUGCUGUGUCAACCUUAUCAACAAUACCUGCUUCUACACGAAAAAUGGGCACAGUUUAGGUAUAGCCUUUACAGACCUCCCUCUUCCAGCCAUGAUCAGUAACCAGUUCAUGGAAUUGCUACAGGAAUAUAUUCAGCAUCUAUUCAAGUCAAAUCUGUACCCCACAGUGGGUCUCCAGACGCCAGGAGAAAUAGUCGAUGCCAACUUUGGACAGCAGCCAUUUGUGUUUGACAUUGAGGACUACAUGAGGGAGUGGCGAGCGAAGAUUCAGGGCACCAUUAAGCGGUUUCCCAUAGGAGACAGACUAGGCGAGUGGCAAGCCAUGCUGCAGAAUAUGGUUUCUUCCUAUUUGGUUCAUCAUGGGUACUGUUCAACAGCAGCUGCCUUUGCCAGAAUAACAGACACUACAAUCCAGGAAGAGCAGACCUCAAUAAAGAAUAGACAAAGAAUACAGAAGCUAGUAUUAGCUGGCAGGGUGGGAGAGGCUAUAGAAGCCACCCAACAACUCUAUCCUGGCCUCCUAGAACAUAAUCCCAACCUCCUCUUCAUGUUAAAGUGUCGGCAAUUUGUGGAGAUGGUGAAUGGAACAGACAGUGAAGUACGUUGUUUCAGUGCCCGCAGCCCCAGAUCCCAGGACAGUUACCCCGGGUCCCCCAAUUUAAGUCCUAGACGUGGAUCAAACAACUCACAUGUUCAUAGUACUGGAGCAGAUAGUCCAACCUGUAGCAAUGGAGUCUUGUCCACAAAAAUCAAACAGAGCUGUAGUAAAUACCAAGCACUGAGUUCAUCGUCUUCAUCUUCCUCUUCAUCUUCCCCCUCAUCUGUGAACUACUCUGAGUCCAAUUCUACAGAUUCUACCAAAUCUCAGCAGCAUAGUAGUACGAGUAACCAAGAAACCAGACAUCUGGCCUUUCUUUCCUUCUUUUACCUCAGUGACAGUGAGAUGGAAAUGGAGGCUGAGCAUUACCCCAAUGGAGUCCUGGAAAACUCAUCCACCAGGAUAAUGAAUGGCACCUACAAACAUGAAGAAAUCCUACAGACAGAUGAAUCCAGCAUGGAAGACAACUGCCCUCAGAGACAACUUUGUGGAGGGAACCAUGCUGCCACAGAACGAAUGAUCCAGUUUGGACGGGAGCUGCAGACGCUGAGCGAGCAGCUUUGUAGAGAAUAUGGGAAGAAUACAAUGCACAAAAAGAUGCUUCAGGAUGCAUUUAGCUUGUUAGCUUACUCUGAUCCUUGGAACUGCCCUGUUGGUCAACAGCUGGACCCAAUACAGAGGGAACCUGUGUGUGCUGCUCUUAAUAGUGCUAUAUUGGAAUCUCAGAACCUGCCAAAGCAGCCCCCACUGAUGCUUGCCCUGGGCCAGGCCUCGGAAUGCUUGCGGCUCAUGGCUCGUGUGGGCUUGGGCUCCUGCUCCUUUGCCAGAGUAGAUGACUAUUUGCACUAGCCACCAGAGCAAGAUGGAGUUGACGUCCCUGAGUGCUGCCCUUCACCCUCCGUUGCUGCCACUACAACACCAUCUCGUCUACAGCCUGACCUCCCUGGCCACGAACAGCUCCUCCAGCAUGCAUGUGCAUAUGCGCGCACACACACACACACACACACACACACACACAGAGCCUGUGAAAGGAUUGAGUUGUUUCCUCACUACAUAGCUGUUCCUGACCCCGGGAGUAACUGGCAGAUUUUAUCUGUCUCCCUGCUAUUGCUGUGGCUCCAGCAGCAUUCAGUAUUUUGCUGAUUAUUCUAAUAUAGCGCUUCCGAUGUAGGGAUUUCUCUUUAUUUUGAUUUGAGUUGUUUAUGAUGGAUCCACCAGUAUUUUAUCUGGAGAGUUUGCUGAGCUGGUUUCUGCUGAUACACUGAGGAAGCUUAUCAAGUUGGUGACAGCUUGUUCUUUUCUUCCCUUCUCCCUCCAUCUGUGCACAUACAGCAUCAUCUUCUGUACUAAUUGCCUGAACUGUUCUUGCAGUGGCAGAUUGGAGGGAUUUUUUUUUUUAUUUGAAUCCUGUUUAUUAAAAAGGUCUCUUCCACCUCCACAA